CCAUACUUGGAUGUGGAAGAAAGGGAAGGUUCGAGGUGAGAGAGAGACUACUCGGGACGAAUAACCUGGUAUGAUAAAGAAAGAGAUAGAGAUAGAGCACUUCAAGUUCAAAGUGCAUGAACCGCCAUUAUUGAAUAAUAUUGGUCCCUUCCUGUCACUGUAAUCUCCACUUCCAAGAAACUUUUCUUCCUUUCAUCUUGAGAACAAAUCUCCCUAUAACUUGAGGAGAGAAAUAUAAAGAUCAGAUCCAUAAAGGGUUCUUAAAAUGGGACAUGUGAAGUUGCUUGCAACUUCUACUAGCCCUCCUUGUAGCAGAAUUGUAUGGGCUUUAAAGCUCAAAGGUGUACAAUAUGAGUACAUAGAAGAAGACCUUGCAAAAAAAAGCCCCUUUCUUCUCCAGUGUAACCCAGUUCAUAAGAAGGUUCCUGUCCUUGUCCUUGUCCAUGAUGAGAAACCAAUUGCAGAAUCAUUCAUUAUCCUUGAGUACAUCGAUGAUACCUGGGAAGGGUACCCUUUACUGCCUGUGGAUCCUUAUCAGAGAGCUAUGGCUCGUUUCUGGGCUAAAUUUGUAGAUGAAAAGUGUUUGCUUGGUGUAUGGCAAGCAUGUUGUGCCCAAGUAGAGGAACAAGAGAAAGCUGUAGAGUCUGCACUAGAGACAUUGAAGAUUCUUGAGAAGCAGAUUGAAGGGAAGAAAUUCUUUGGAGGAGAGAAGAUUGGGUUUCUGGAUAUAGUUGUGGGUUGGAUCCCUUUUUGGCUCAAUGCCUUAGAAGAAGUUGGAGGAAUGAAGCUACUUGAUGCAGAGAGUCUCCCUUUACUCUAUGAAUGGUCUCAGAAUUUCAUCCAAGUUCCUGUUAUCAAAGAAAACUUACCACAUAAAGAGAAGGUUAUCAGCUACUUCCAGUUUGGCCGAAACUAUAUGCUUUCAUUAGCUGCCGACAAAUAAUGCAUUUCCUUUGUUUUAAUCCUUUCAAGAGAAUAUUAUGUAUUGUUUGCAGAAAAUUAAAAUAUUAUCAGCUAAGUGUUCUCUA